AUGAGUUCGUCUGACAAUCCGAAGAAAGCAGGGUUUGGGGGUCCCGAUGAAUUCCCUGUUAUUGGUCACAGUUGCAUUUCCGAUGGAAACCCCUUUUGGAAAACGAAACGGGGCCAUCGUGCACUCAUUAGCGUGUCGUUGGGAUCUGCUCUCCACUUUUCUUCUCCACUCUUGCACUCUUUCACUCGGGGAAAGUCGGAAAAGUGGAAAAGUGGGAAAAGUGGGAAAAAGGAAAAUCAGUGGCAACCGGACCGCGAUAGAGUUAUCAAACGUAGCCACAGCGAACUAUUAAUGAAGGUGGUGGUGCUGGGGGAAAUCUGGUUGGGGGAUUUGGGUGGGAAAGCGAGGGGGUGUUGGUUACACUUUACGUGCCACUGCACACAUUGCGGCAAAAAGAGACGGCAGAUGCAAAACACGGGAGUGAGGGAGAAGGAUAGAUUUGAAGCGCUAAUUACGUGGUCAUUAAUUGCGCUAAUUAUUUUUCAUUUUGCCCUAUCAACCCCCCACCCCCCUUCUGCUCACCACCCCGCUGGUUUUCAAUUUCCAUCCAUUUCCAUUUUUGCGUCAUUUGCAUUCCGUUUGUUCCUUGUCUCCAGAUUCUCCAUUUUGUUGUCUUGUUUUAUACGCCUUGGUAUUUUCAAUUUGCAGCCAGUUAUUCCCAAGGGGGAAAAAUGCAACGAAAAAAUAGGAAAAUACAUGAGACAUAGAGGGAAAAGGAAAUGCAGGAAAGGGCUGAAGAACUCGCGAAUUGAGAUGGCAACUUCCAUGAUAUAA